AUGGAGCCCCAGAUGUUAUACGACGACGUUGCAUGGGAACAAUCCGAGGAUGUCUCCGACAAUUGGUUGCGUCAAUUUCUUGACAUUGAUGUCAAGAGACCGAUUGCGAGAUUUGUCCUGAAGCAUGAUUCUGGCAAUGAUCCCGAGUUUACUAUUUUUCGAAAAGGGUCUUUCAAUAUCACAUUACAAAUGAAGUACACAUACAGUGCGACCAACGUCCGCUUUGCACAGCCUGGCGCCAUUCUCUUUCCCGAGGAGAAAGUUAAGAACGAAGUUGCUGUGAUGCGAUUCAUCUCGGACCAGACAUCAAUACCAGUUCCAUUCAUUCUUCACUGGGGUACAAGGGAAGAGAGCCCCCUCAACUUGAGCCCCUUCAUUAUGAUGAGCCAUAUUGAACAUACAACAACCUUGUAUGACGCUCUCAACACACCAGGGUGUCCAAAGGAAGAGCGCGGAGCCCUUGACCCAAACAUUAAUGAAGAGCAACUUGAGAUGCUAUACACACAAGUAGCAAAGAUCCUGCUUCAGCUUUCCAAGCCAAAAUUCCCUAAAAUAGGGUCCCUCACUCAGAUGGACGAUUUUUCUUGGGAAGUGACCAGCCGGCCAUUAUCAUUGAAUAUGAAUGAGCUUGUGCGUUUGGGGACACUACCUCGAUCGAAUCUUCCUCCUCUAAACACUACCUUUAGGACAUUAUCUUCAUACGUCGAAGCCCUGGCACGGCUCAAUAUCCAGCAUCUACUGUAUCAAAGGAAUGAUGCAGUGCAGUCUGCAAAUGACUGUCGUCGGAAGUUCAUUGCAAGACAGCUGUUUUACAAGCUUGCCAGAGACAAGAAAUUGUCUCUGGCAUGUUAUGGCAAUGGUCCAUUCAAACUCUGGUGUGAUGAUUUCCGCCCAGCCAAUAUUCUUCUCAAUGAAAAGAUGCAUAUUGCCGGUGUGGUGGACUGGGAGUUCACAUAUGCAGCACCGGUGGAGUUUUCAUACGCGCCACCAUGGUGGCUCCUUAUCGAGAAACCUGAAUUCUGGUCCGAAGGUAUCGAGGACUGGGCCUGA